GAAAGUCCUACCUAAAGUACCUACCUCCUACCAAUUAUCGAGAUCUAAUAGGUAGCAGGCACGACCAUCACCGGCAUUACCUCCUCCUCCUUCCCCUUUACAACUAUCGUCAUCAUCACUGCCGCUCAUUUUAAGUUUAUACAAUCACAGCUACAUAUACUACCUAAAGUACACAUUUCCCUUUUGAGUUAGGCUUAACAUGAGCCCUAAACCAUGACGCCCGACAAGAUCCAAGAUGUCUUCGACAACAUCCCCCAAAAUGAGGAGUCGAGGGUUGAGAUUUUGAAAGAGGUUCUCGAUCUAGCUCAAAAACUCCAGGAAGCCAAGUCCCCCGAACUUAAGGCGUUUGUAGAAAAAGUUGGAAACGCGAGUCGAGAAGGGCGAUGGAGGAUACCGCUUGGGAGAUCAGGUCUACUCAACUUCUUCUUAGACCUGACACAGGCAGCGGAUGCGGACCCGGAUAUCGUGGCCCAUGCCCUCCGCGUCAUAGGUAAUUCUUGUGCCGAUCAAGAUGAAAAUCGGCAAAGAGUCAUUGACUCAGAUCAUCUGCCUGGGCUCGUGAAACUCUUGAGCAAUGAAUCUUUAUUACAACUUGCCAUCCCGGUGCUAUAUAAUAUCUGUGUUGAUUACGAGCCUACCCAAGCAACUGCAGCAAAAGCUGGGUUGAGUAACUACUUAAUUGAUCUCUUUAUAAACCCCCAAUGGCAGGAAAAAGUAUCGGUUUAUAUAAGUAUCGUCUACAAGUUGAUAGGCAUUGCGGCGACUCAAGAUUCCGAGCUCGACUCAUUAAACCUUCAAGCGCCAUAUGUCCUCUUAACUCAAGCAGGUUUAAAGGACCCUAAUCCAAAUUCACCGGAUCUCGACGGCUUCACCGGGCUGUCUUCUGCUGCGUUAACCUACCUUUCCCGUCAGCAAUUCCAAGAUAGCUUCCUAGAGACUCCAAAUGCCAUCAAAGUAUUCUUGGAAGCUUUUCAGACUGCCGCCGAGGGUUCUUCGAUAUUCGACUUCGAGGAUGCCGAGGAAAAAUCACAACUCAAUCAACUGGAACUGGCGUAUACGGGAGCCUUAGCAGAUCUAUCUGCCCACCCUCGAUUCGUUUCUUUAUGCCCAUUAGACGGCGACUUAACGGAUACACUCCUACGGUGGAUCUCUUCAGGUCAUUCCACAUCCCUUCAAGCCGCAGCCUGUCUAGCUCUAGGCAAUAUCGCUCGGUCCGACGAUUCGAGCGUCGCCUUAGUGCAACAAAAAUCAGUACAUAAACCGCUCAUCGCUGCCAUAUCUUCUGACCAACCUGUGGAUGCCCAAUUGGCACACUCUAUCUUUAGUUUCCUAAAGAACUUGUCUAUCCCAGCGAGCAAUAAGGCAAUCUUAGGCGACGCGGGACUACUGGAUUCGAAUGUACUUCCUCGUAUUUGGAACGUCGACACGCAGCCACAGAUCCAAUUUGAUGCCGUAUCUCUUACUCGUCUCUUACUUGUAAAUUGCCCGGAAAACGUGCGACGCGUUUCUACGUCGGUGAACGCGAAAGAUAAAACGCAUCUUCAUGGUCUAAUGGAACUUCAUCGAAAGGCGGAUCAAGAUCCCAUCAAAAUGGAGAUAUCCCGUUCGGUGGCCAAUGUCUGCCGUGUACUCCACUCCGAGAAAACUCCCGGUUCUCUACUCCUUCAAGACUCAUCGACUUCUUUAUCUCCCUCGGAGCAAGAAACCCGCUCUCAGCUGCAGGAGUUUUAUAAGAACCAUCCAGCGUUACCAGAUAUACUACUAUAUCUCGGUCUACAGACCAAGUUCUCAGUCCUACGAUCCGAACUAUGGUUCGUACUCGCCUUAAUGGCACGUUCAGUUGAAGGAGCCGCCGUCGUGACACAUUCGCUGCAGCAACGACCUGAAAUAGUGAACGUGCUUAUUGAAACCAUAACGGGCGAGAAGACGUCUGAGCAUCAAGCGUUACCAAGCUCAGAUGAUAAUGAGCUAGCGGAGGUGUCGUCUGGACCUGACCUCUCGGCAAUAAGUGGGUUAGGUCAGCUCGAACCGCAGCAGGUCGACCCAGCGAAAGCUGCGACUAUGACGAAAGUAGAUCGGGAGAAUGGGCUGGUGUUAAUUGCUGAACUACUAAAGCGAUGUCCGGACGAGCUUCCUAGUUCCGUGAGAAACACAUUCAACCGAAUACUAAAGAUCGGUGGAGAAUUAAUCCUCGAUAAUAAGGAUUAAAGCUCAAGGGACAAUUAAGACUGUUGGCUUCGAUCUAUCCAUAGGUUAUAGGUAGCCAGUUAAUUUCUAAACUGCUUUAAGCGUUCAGAGUAGAAAUUCAAAUAGACAUAAACAUAUUUAGUAUGAAUGAAAGGACGUCGU